CAUAGAAGAGGGUUUAAGGGCCGCGUUUUGUUCCGCUUGAAGGCGCCGCCGUGUUUAUCCCUGCGCUCCUUAAGCGCCGCCACCGCUACAGCUAUCGCCGCCUCAUCAACCCUCCAAAGUUUUAUCUUUUUCGACUACUCAAGGACGCAUCUUCUGUUUUACCUCCGUUCUCGCCCCCUAUCGGCACUCCUACUCCUUUUCUCACCCUAAUGUCGGAGUUUGAUGCGCGAUGAAGCUGUCUUCAUCCGCCCGGGUCUCAUAUCAGUGAAGAUACUCUAGUUCGAUAAGCUCUUGUUUGAUCCCGGCUUCAUUUCGUGGCAUACAAAUGUGGCGCGGCAUUGCAAGAACGGCAUGCCGCUCCUCCCGAAACUUCAGGUUCUCUGGUGACAGGCCGGCCGAGUUCCCUACCUUCUCGUGUUUUCUGGGUUCCUCUACAAAUUCAAUUUUGUGCAAGGAAAAUACGAUCUUUGACUCGUCCCUUGCCGCUAGACUCUUGGAUGUUUGUUUUCGAAGGAAGGGGCAGGCGGGUGUAUCAGUUUGGGAGGUUACGGGCCUGCACACGAAUUCCAGGAGCUUCACUAGCAUUGCAGAGGCGGUCUCUUCUACUGAUGCGGAUGAAGAUACCUCGACAAUUGAGGAGAUGCGUAACGACAAUAGUGGAGGUGGAGGCAAGCACAAGGAUGAUGGGAUUGUUACUGAGGUUAAGAUGAACCAGCAGUUUCAGAAGUCACCAAGGAUGAUAGCAGGAAUGAUUUCAGGCAAGUAUUUAUCUCUGCACCGGAGACAGGUAAAGAUAGAGACUGAAGCUUGGGAGCAGGCGGCCAAAGAGUACAAGGAACUCUUGAUGGAUAUGUGUGAGCAGAAGCUUGCCCCGAAUUUGCCGUUUAUAAAGUCCUUGCUCUUGGACUGGUUUGAGCCAUUCAGGGAUGCUAUAGCUGCAGAACAGGAGAUAUGUAAGAAAAAUAAUUCUAAGUCAUCACAUGCUCCGUUCUUCAAUCUUCUUCCAGCAGAUAUGAUGGCUGUGAUCACUAUGCACAAGCUCAUGGGUCUUGUGAUGACUAACACUGGACAUGGGAGUGUUCAUCUAGUUCAUGCUGCAUGCCAAAUUGGCGACGCCAUUGAGCAAGAGGUUAGAAUCCACAGGUUUCUAGAGAAAACAAGAAAGAAGAAUGCAAGGAAAAAGAAAUCUGAAGAAGUGGAAGGUGACAGCGUGAUGGAAGACCAAACAUUUUUGCGGAAGAAGGUAACAACUUUGAUGAAGAAGCAGAAGAUUCGCCAGUUAAAUAUGAUUGUCAAGCGUCAAGAUGACUCCAAACCAUGGGGUCAAGCUGCUCAGGCCAUGGUUGGAAGCCGUUUGAUUGAGCUGUUAAUGAACACAGCUUAUGUACAACCCCCAGUUAGCCAGUCAGCAGAUGCUCCACCAGAUAUUCGACCUGCCUUCAGACACACACGCUCAACUGCAGGAAAAGAACCGAAGAAGCUCACUCGUCGUUAUGGGGUUAUUGAAUGUGAUCCAGUGAUUCUUCAAAGAUUAGACAAGACAGCAAGACACAUGGUUAUUCCUUAUGUGCCUAUGUUGGUACCUCCAAUCAAUUGGACAGGGUUUGACAAAGGAGCACAUCUAUAUCUACGCUCUUAUGUAAUGAGAACACAUGGAGCAAGACAACAAAAGCAAGCAAUUAAAAAGGCUCCGAGAAAGACGAUGCAAACUGUUUUUGAGGCACUGAAUACACUUGGUAAUACCAAAUGGAGAGUAAACAAAAGUGUUCUUAGUGUUGUGGAAAGAAUAUGGUCCAGUGGAGGACGUCUUGCUGACUUGGUUGACCGCGAAGAUAUUCCUCUUCCCGAGAAACCUAAUACAGAUGACGAGGCUGAAAUUCGAAAGUGGAAGUGGAAAAAGAAUUCUGUUAAGAAGGAAAAUAGUGAAAGACACUCUCAACGCUGUGACGUGGAACUUAAGCUUGCUGUAGCUAGAAAAAUGAAAGAUGAGGAGGGGUUUUACUAUCCACACAACCUGGAUUUCAGAGGUCGUGCUUAUCCAAUGCAUCCCUACCUAAACCAUCUUGGUUCUGAUUUAUGUCGAGGAGUUUUAGAAUUCGCAGAGGGACGCCCCCUAGGAAAGUCUGGCUUACACUGGUUAAAAAUUCAUCUGGCAAAUCUAUAUGCUGGUGGAGUGGACAAGUUGUCAUAUGAUGGCCGAUUAGCAUUUACAGAAAAUCACUUGGAGGAUAUAAUUGACUCUGCAGAUAGACCACUUGAAGGUAGGCGUUGGUGGUUAGGUGCCGAAGAUCCCUUCCAGUGCCUGGCUGUUUGCAUCAAUCUUGCCGAGGCAGUAAGGAGCUCUUCCCCAAACGCUACAGUCUCUCACAUACCUGUACAUCAGGAUGGAUCUUGCAAUGGACUUCAACACUAUGCAGCUUUAGGAAGAGACAAGUUGGGAGCUAUUGCGGUAAACCUUGUUUCUGGAGACAAGCCUGCAGAUGUUUACUCUGAAAUAGCUGCUAGGGUUCGUGACAUUAUGCAAAGAGAUGCAGAGGAAGAUCCUGCUGAAAAUCCAAAUGCUUUGCGGGCGAGGCUUCUAGUUAAUCAGGUGGACAGGAAGUUAGUGAAGCAGACUGUCAUGACAUCUGUGUAUGGUGUAACUUAUGUUGGCGCUCGCGAUCAAAUCAAAAAAAGAUUAAAAGAGAGAAACCUUGUUGCUGACGAUGCAGAGAUAUUUAGUGCUUCAUGUUAUGCUGCCAAAACUACUUUAACUGCAUUAGGGCAGAUGUUCGAAUCUGCACGGAAGAUCAUGAGCUGGCUCGGUGACUGUGCAAAGACUAUUGCUUCACAAAACCAUCCGGUAAGAUGGACUACACCUCUUGGACUUCCCGUAGUUCAACCGUACCGUGCAUUAGGAACACGUCAAAUUAGAACAUCUCUUCAGCUAUUGACCUUACAGCAAGAAACCGAGAAGGUCAUGGUGAAACGACAAAAGACAGCAUUUCCCCCAAACUUUGUUCACUCCCUCGAUGGAUCACACAUGAUGUUGACUGCGCUUGCUUGUAAAAAAGCAGGAUUAGCAUUUGCAGGAGUCCAUGAUUCAUACUGGACACACGCAUGCGAUGUAGAUCAAUUGAAUAGAAUUCUUCGGGAAAAGUUUGUGGAACUUUACGAGACUCCCAUACUAGAAAAUUUGCUGGAGAGUUUUGAGAAAUCAUUCCCCGGUCUAUGCUUCCCACCAUUGCCUGAACGGGGCGAUUUCAACCUGAACGAAGUUCUUGAUUCUCCAUAUUUUUUCAACUAAGAUGGCAGUUUACAGCUCUUUACCUUAUCAGUUGCUGUACAGAUACAUUUGCAUUGUCGUCAUCAUCACUGCUGUCGUGGCACUCUGCAGCCCUACUAUGACAAGAUUUAAUGCGCGUCUGGCUAUCGAGCCAUCAUUGUCAAAAUGAAGACAACCGAGACGGCCCACCUCAGAUUAUCAACAUGAUAGAAGAGCUGAUCAAAACAAUAAAUCGCAAGUCUUGUAGAAGGCAUCGAGGGGAUUCCUCUUAUAUGUAACACACUGAGCAGGCGAGGUCUCAGUGAAGUAAAAAUUCUGGUGUUCUUCGAUUCUGGAUCGCCAUCUGUAAUGUAUCGAGUGCCAAUUGUAGUAUUGGUUAGAUAGGGUGGUGAGAAAACGCUGCGUAUAGUUCGUAUAGUUCUUAACUGCUGUCACUUUGAUCCAUCUCUUCUCUUCAAGUACAUUUAUAUUCCUUUAGGUUGAAGGUCUCUUGAGUUGAGAUUUAAAAAACAGGCAAAAAAGACCUUUAUUUAUCUAAAAAUGUUCCUCUA